AUGGCAACAGCCAUUGAUGCAGGGCUUGCGCCGUCCGUGCGCCAGCUCGCGGCAGAGUACGGCGCUGCAAAGAAGCAGAUCGAAGCGGCGCUUGCAUUUUUUCCCGACGCUGCUGCCGAAUUGGAAGAGUUUGCAUCGUCACAUACAAAACAGCUCGACGCUGGAUGCCGUGCAUUGAUUGACAUGCUGCGCGAGGCCGAACAGCGCACGGAGCGGCUCAUGGCAAUCCAGGAUUGCGUAGCGACGGGGCUUGGCACGGCCGCUAUUGUGGACGAAUACAAGCAAGGGACGCAGCAAGCGCUCGACGCGUACAUGGCCAAAACGGCGCGCCAGCGCUACGCAAAAGAGCCGCAUUAUACCGAGUUCCAUUCGCGGGUGUGGGAAGUGCAUGGCGAAGGCGCGAUGCCGCCGCUUAUUGAUUUGAUUCCUGCUGGUACGUUUUUUUCUGGCGCUCACGUAGAACCAGGCGAUGCGUGCGACGGCGAAGCAUCCGACGGCGAAGAUAUCGUGAUGGGCGGCACGAUGCAGCAGUUCCGGUGCCCACUGACAGCCUCGUUGCUCGUCGAUGCCAUGCAGAGGUACGUUGCUCAUAUGCUCACUGUAAGCACCGUAUGCCCCCAUGCAUACUCGCGCGCCGCCGUGCUGGAAUACCUCGGCACGAGUGCGAGCGCAAAAUGCCCCGCAGCAUCGUGUGCCGCUACGAUUACAAAACGGACACUGCGCGAUGCGCCAAGCCUGCAGCGAAGGGUGGAUCGGCACGAACGCAUCGUGGCACGGCGCGGUCCGCAAGAUGCCGUAGCGGCGGUGUUAGAGUAG